UUUGACGACUUUGACGACUGUCCGAUAAGCCACGCCAGAAUGACGCCCGGGAGAUACAGGGCUACAUUGUGUGUCGGCUGUUCGGCAAUGUCAGCUCUCUCCUGCCCUGCCUGAGGAAGGGACGAAGACAGAUAAGGCGGAAAGCGUCUAUAUAAACACCGCCGAUCACGACCCGUCAAUCUCAACAAUCUUCAACCUGCCCUGUCUGCUUCAAAGAUUGAACAACUCCUAUCACCCAUCGAUCAUCCAAAAAGACAGACAUGGCACUCGGUCGCUGUUCUACUCCCUUGAUAUCGCUGCUGUUCGGCCUCAUUGCCGUUGCGAGGGGCGCGUCUUUGAAGCCCUUGGCCGGUAACGAGGAUUUCGCUCUAACCAGGCAAAAGUCGACCCUCGGCAGACGUUCGGAAGGCAUCCAUUCGGAUCGUUCCGCCUACUCCUUUACGAUCACUUCGUCGGACGGCCAGGUCAAGGAUUAUCUUUCACCUACGGGGAAUAGGUUUGAAAGCCAUGUCAUGCACGACGAUUGGGGCGUCUGGGCCGGUACGGGACCGCAAACGAUGUUGGUCACCGUCAUCGAUGUGCAAGGUGAGGUGGAUUGCACCGGUCUCAAGCAAAAAGUGGGCGCGUUCGAGCAAGCGGACGACGUAUGGGAUCAGGGAUUCAUGCAAGCCGUCCUGUUCCAAACCAACUCGUCCUUCCACGUCGCGUCCGACAUGCCCGGCUGCUUGAAGGAAUGGCAGACCGAGUGGAUCAUCAAGAGAGGGAACGCGACCUCGGAUGUGGGAGAUUUUGCGUUGGCGCACGUCACAGCUGGAUCGUCGAUACCUCAAGGACCAUAUUUGGCGACCAUUCACGGCAACAUGACGUUGACCCCGAUCUAUCGCUCUUACCAAGACUCUGCUCAGGCUUUCACCUCGGCCCUCGUACCCACGCUCGAGGCCAAAUUCGUCGAGAUGGCGGCCAAUGUGCCGGGGAUGAACACGUUAUCCAUCCCGGUCCCAUCGAGGUUGUACAGCUUGAACAGGACCGACGGGCAAGACUUGCCUUUGCUUGGCAAACGGAUCGCCGUCAAGGACAUCUACGAUAUCGCCGGAACUCGUACGGGAUGUGGAAAUCGAGCGUAUUGGAGCACGUACGGAGAGCGUGACGAGUCGGCCGUCUCGAUUCAAAAGUUGAUCGACCUGGGAGCGGUGAUUGUCGGCAAAGUCAAGACGUCGACCUUUGCCAAUGGAGAGAGCGCUACUGCGGACUGGGUCGAUCAGAUGGCCCCUUUCAAUCCUCGUGCAGACGGCUAUCAACAACCGUCCUCCUCCUCGAGCGGUCCUGGUGCAGCGAUCGCUGCUUACCCCUGGCUGGAUGCGACAAUCGGCAGUGAUACGGGAUGUUCCAUCUUGUGUCCUUCCGCCGCCAAUGGAGUGUACGGAAUGAGACCGACGUGGGGAGCCAUGCCAUUGGACGGUGUCAUGCCGCUGGAACCAGUGUUGGAUACGGCUGGGUUCUUGUGCAGGGACCCGGACAUGGCGACCGUCUUCUCGAGGGCGUGGUAUGGUGAUGCGCUGGUUCGGGACUACAAGUCCUGGCCCAAGACCUUGCACUUUCCCGCUGCCGAUUGGACCUUUACAGCCGACUCGCUUCCCGCCCCCUUGUACAACCGCAUUCGUCAGGCCAUCAUCGACGUCGUCAAACCGACAAACGUCACUGACCUCAGCGAUGAGAGUUUUUGGAAUGCGACCGGAGAAUACGCAGAUCAUAACAACACCGCGAUUGCAGACUACCUGGGCGUUGGCUACGGCAUCAUGAUCGACUACAACCAAUGGACCACGUUUGGACAGCCCUGGUUCGCCGAUUACGCCCAGCAGAACUUAGGCCGGCAGCCUUUUGUCAGCCCUUCCCCCGAAAGGCGAUGGGCUUACGGACGGGUCAACGUCACUCGGGCGAUGUACGACGAAGCGGUCGCGAGGAAGCAAGAAUACAAGACCUGGUUCGAUCGAGAAGUCUUGAGAGGAGACGCGACGACCUGCUCGGACGCCAUCUAUGUCAGCGUAUGGACGGGCAAUCAGGCGACUCCGGCGUAUCGGAACGUCUACGGGGGACCUCCUUCUCCCGGCCUUUUCGGGUACGACAUCUUCAACUAUGCCGGUGUGCCUCAACUCAGUAUACCGAUCGGUCAAGUUCCCUACAACUCGACCAUCAGCGGCCAGGUCGAGUAUCUGCCCGUGAGCAUCGGGCUGAACGCUGCCGGCGGGUGCGACUAUGUCUUGUGGGAUCUGGCGGCCGAAUUGAAGGUGAGUGGGGGGUGCACUUACACGUCAGUCCAGGUGUUGAUGGCGAGACGCCCGGAUUAGAAUGCUG